AGUGACGUUGAACAGAAGACCACUGGAAUCUGGGGACAGAACUGUACCAGUGCAGGACUUUGGACUUUUUUCCUUGAGACACUGUUUGGACAAAACUUGAGUGAUUUUAAUGGCACAUGAUUUUUCAUAGAAACAAGGAGACAGACGCACAGAUGUCAGACUUCCUCACCUCCCCCUCCCCCCUUCCCCUCUUCCACUGCGACUACAGUGACUGGUCCCCCUCCUUCACCAUCAUCCCAUCCGUCUACCUGCUGGCCUUCCUGGUUGGUUGCCUUGGAAACAGCCUGGUGCUGUGGGCCUUCCUGGAUCGAGCCGAUGGGAGGGGAACAAGGACGGGGGGACAGUUGUGUUGCACUGGUAGAUUAGACCAAGGGCCAUUUUCUCAGAAGGAGACAGAAAAAUGUGGAUCUUCCUCAGGACAAAGACCCUCCUCUCACUCCUCCACCACCUCCUCUUCUCCCUCCUCCAUCCCUCGUCCCUCCCGCUCUCUGACAGACUCUCUAAUCGCCAGCUUAGCAUUAGCUGACCUCUGCUUCCUUGUGACUCUCCCUCUGUGGGCCGUCUACACAGCGAUGGGCUACCACUGGCCUUUUGGGCAACCACUGUGUCAAAUCAGCAGCUUCCUCACUGCGCUUAACAUGUACGCCAGCGUGUUCAGCCUGAGCAUGCUCAGUGUGGAGAGGUACUGGGUUCUGACUGGAAGAAGGCACUCCAGCCACCAUGCUCCACAGAGGUGUCCCAGCAGGGCUUUGUGGGUACUCGGUGGGGUGUGGAUGCUGGCCGGGGUGCUGGCACUUCCUGGCUUGCUGCUGCGCUCCGUCAAGGAGGUGGACACUGAAUCUGAUUAUGAUUGGGAGGCAGAGACAGUUCAUCCCACUGCUGACUCUGGAUCAGUCUUCCUCUCCUGUCAGAUGGAUUACUCCAUGCUGAUUGGAGCAGAGAUGGAGGAAAUGGAUCGAGAGAGGGUAGAGAUGUGGUGGGCGGCUGCUUUGAGCCUCAAAUCAACUCUUAUUGGCUUCCUGUUUCCUCUUGUUAUCCUGCUGGUGUGCUACUGCUCACUGGCCCAGCUCCUCAGCAGACAUUUUGGACGAGGCCCUCGCCCGGACCGCAGGCGCCAGCGAAGACUCCUCAGGGUCAUCAUCACUUUAGUGAUGGCCUUCUUCCUCUGCUGGCUGCCUCUGCAUGUUAAUAAGACUGUUUCCAUGCUGCUGGAGUUUGGUUUUGUCCCAUACUCCUGCUCUUUGGAUCAAGUGUUACUGACUGCUCAGCCCUACGUCACCUGUUUGGCUUAUCUCAACUCCUGCCUCAACCCUCUCCUGUAUGCUGCCUGUGACCCCUCAUUCAGGAAGAGAUGCAGAGGAGCUCUUCUAGUGUUGUGCAGGAUGAGCAGAAGAGGAGGAGAGGGACGGGAGGGAAAGAGGGAUGAAGAGGAGAGAGAGGAAAGGAGUUCAGCUUUUCCCACAGGAACACAAGAGGAAACAGCAGAUAGGACAGAGGAAGGGGAAGAGGAGAGGAGAUGACUGCUUAGAUAACUGCUUUACUGAAAAAAAAAAUCCUAUCUAAUAUCACACUG